UGACGGCGAGUGCCAGCAGAAAUGCAGGGGUGAGAGGCUCUGUUUUCACACAAGAAUCAGUCCAUAAAUUCUCAUCUGUGCGUGUGUGUGUGUGUGUGUGUGUAGCUGCAGAGAGCAGCAAACGGGAAGUAAAGGAAAGUAUUGGUGUGUGUGUGUGUGUGUGUGUGAGGAAACUCAGAACAGGGUGGAAGAAGUUGUCUCCAAACAAAGAGAGAAACAUGGGCACUGAGUACAAACCACUGUCUUCAGAAUGGUGCAGCAGUGUUGUUGUGGAGACGUCGGAGUGCUUCAUAUGCAGGGACGGCGAACUGAAAACCAGUGACCCGCUGAGGAAUUUCUGCGACUGCAAGACUUUACUGGCUCAUCACGUGUGUCUGUCCACAUGGAUCCAGAGGGGACGUGGGAGUGAAGACAAACUGCGAUGUGUCAUCUGCAAGGCCAAGUACCAGCUGCAGAGGACGUCUCCAUGGCGGUCGGUCAGCUCCCAGUGGAAGAUGUGGCUCGUCCUGAUCACCGUGCUGCUUCUGAUGGGACUGGCGCCUUUCGUGGUCCACAGCCUGAUGACGGCCUUCCAUGACCCUUCACCUCCCAUCACCUUUAAAGUGGCAGCGGCCCUCUUUGGCUUCCUGACGGAGCUGCUGCUCGUCAUGUGCCUGUCGAGUUACCUCAGCGGUCGGUACCGGCAGGCGGAGAGGAGCUCCUUCACAGUUCAGCCAAGAAGCAGACGGGGGGAAUGCUGGGAAAGAUCUGAAGCGUCACCUGCGGCGGGUCAAAUGUCAACCGGCGGAGGAGACGACAAGAACCCGGACGUGGGGAAGAGCGAAUGCCUCGUCGCCUUCUGAAUCAAAAGGGAUCUCACAAAAACCCUGACUCUUUUGGGUGUCGUCUGCUGAAAACAGCAUCACCCACUCACCUCACACUUUGUUCAGAAAGCACAUUUGCACGAGUUGCAAGCCGAUGAUAAGAGAGAGAAAGUGUGUGCGUGCUCGGAGAGAGGAAAAAAAGAGCCUGAAAUCGCUCUCUUUCCUUAAUGAUGCCCACACAGAGACAAUGGGGCGCCGCUCUGAUUAGUGUCACCUGUCCUUGUGCAUCUCAUCAGCUCCAUUAUGGCUCCAUCUCCCAUGCUUCUUGUGCUAAUUGAAUAGCCCGUGAAGUGGUGACGAGGACGGGGGCGAGAGCAACGUCUGUCCCGCUGCUGCCCCACAAAUGAGAGGAACGCUUCCCAGAGAGACACAAGCCGAGGAAACACAAACCAUUAUGAGACAGACAGAAAAGUGCUAACAAGUCACCCUCAUGUUAUAUUAUCAUCAGAUUCGCUCCAGAUUAUCUUCAUGCAGCAGCUACGGCGUCAGCAGCUGCUGUGUAGUUUUUGGGCAUAGCUGCUGAUCCUCAGCCUUCACUUAAAUACUUAAGCAAUGUAUUAGCUUAGCCUAGCAUAACGCAACAGGUUAGACGUUGGGAUAUGUCUUUAUCCAUCAAAUGGGAACAACGUAUCUGCACAGUUCAAGCACCUUUAAGGCUUAUCAACAUAUUCUUUACUUUUUUCACCACUAAAAUGAGGUUAAAGAGAAACUUUGGAUUUUCAGAUGCAAGGAAGGUUGGAAGUUGAAGCUAUCUGUCUUGAGUUAUUAGACAGUUAUUAGUAGGGUGUGUCCUAUUUCAGGGCUUAAGUCCCUUGGAGGACGAGGCCUACCCGGUUGACCAGGAUGUAAAUUUCUUCCAGCCCUUACUUCGGUGUAUAUUGUGUUGCUUGGCAAUCAUUGCAGUGCUAAACAGAAGCUGGUAAAAAAAGGAGUGUGAUUUUUUUUUUUUAAAUUAAAGAACUGAUUGAAUAAACAGUUUUUUUUUGUUUGUUUUUUUGCAAAAAUUAGAUUAAAAAGCAUGUCUAUGCAAAUGAGUGAAGUUUUAACAAGUCAGCUCCUUAAAAUCCUGAGACAUUUAAAGGACGUGGUCUUCCAAAGGAUGCAGGCCUUCCAUCCACAGGAACAUUGCUUUUUUUUUUUUUUUUUUUUUUUUUGUAAGUGAAUGGAUUGCUUUAGAGAGCGACUUGGACUAACACCCAAAGUCAUAAAAUGAUUUUAAGAUUCAGUGAAGCAGCAUCUUUUAUUGGUCCACAUUGCAAAAAAAGAUAUUUCAACAGAGUCCAGAAUGAAUGUGAAUGUGUCAUUUAUACCACUGAUGGAUGGAUGUCAAAAUGUGGGUUAUAUUGUUACCUAUUGUUUGCUUUUAUAAAACAAUAUCUUUCAGUCUACCUAAUCUAUCUGCAUAGGAAUUUGUUCUGUUUGUGAAACGGUUGAAUGUUUUCUGAACCACUAUGUGGAAAAGUUUUUCU